AUGAAAUUCUCAUCGCGACAUGUCUUCCUACUGGGGGCACUCGCCCUAGAAUCUUGUCAUGCUUUCGUUUCCCAGAAGCCAACGUUCUUUGUGCCAUCGAGCGUCAAUCGACAGUUGAUCCAUCAAGAAUCCUGCUCGGCUGUUCAAACGGUUAAUACUGCCCUUUCCAUGGGUUUCUUUGAAGACUUUGUGGCUAGCAGUGACGAAAAGACUCGCAAGGCAGAUAACGACAAGUACCUUGCACAAUUACAAGGCCGAGUUGACAGAAUCAAUGGGCAAGAAGCAUCCAUCGAAGAUCUUGGGGAUGAUGAAUUGCAGGCUAAGACUACUGAAUUCAAAAAGCGUCUUGCAGGCGGAGAGGAUAUCAAUGGAUCGUUGCUUGAAGAAGCUUUUGCCGUUGUUCGUGAGGCAGCAUGGCGCGUUCUGGAACUUCGGCAUUAUGACGUUCAGCUGAUUGGUGGUUUGAUUCUUCACGAUGGCCGCCUUGCAGAAAUGGCCACAGGAGAAGGAAAAACACUCGUUUCAACUUUGCCCGUUUAUGCAAAUGCCUUAACUGGGACAACUUCGUUUGUCGUCACGGUCAAUGAUUAUCUUGCAAAGAGAGAUAUGGAAAAGAUGGGACAAGUACACAAGUUCCUUGGCUUGACGGUUGGAUUGAUUCAGUCUGGAAUGACCGAAGCGGAGCGUCGCGUUGCCUACCAAAAUGACGUCGUCUAUGUCACCAACUCGGAACUCGGUUUUGACUUUUUGCGUGAUCAUUUGGCUUUGACAACUGAACAAACCGUGCUUCCUGGUGGAGGUGGUGAAUUUGGUGGAUUUUGUGUGGUCGAUGAAGCUGACUCUGUUUUGAUUGAUGAAGCACGAACACCUCUCAUUAUCAGCAAACAAGUCCCAGCACCUGCCACGAAAUACGAAACCGCCAACCAACUGGCGGAGGCGCUGAAACCAGAUAUUCAUUACACUAUUGACCUAAAGAACAAGGCUUGUACAUUGACCGAAAUUGGUUACAGAGACUCGCAAAAAGCUUUGGGAAUUGAUUCGCUUUUCGAAAUCGGGGCUGACGGCGAAGCCUGGGCUCCCUAUAUUACAAAUGCUGUGAACGCAAAGGAACUGUUUACCAAGGAUAUUGAAUACGCUGUCAUGACUGAUCCAGACGGCGAAAAGAUUGGCGUUGGCAUCAUUGAUUCGUUCACUGGACGUGUCUUGGAUGGACGAAGGUGGUCGGAUGGACUUCAUCAAAGUAUUGAAACAAGGGAAGGCAUCAAGGUCAGCGAACAGAGUCAAGUGAUUGCUAAAGUCACGUAUCAGUCUCUAUUCCGUCAAUUCACGAGACUAUCGGGAAUGACUGGUACAGCAAUGACUGAUGCUGAAGAAUUAGAGCUAACUUAUGGCUUGAAAGUGAUUCCAGUGCCCACUGCUUUGCCAAUUGCGCGCCGUGAUUACCCUGAUGUUGCAUUCAAGACCCGCGCAGCUGCCGACGAUGCAAUGGUAAAGGAAAUUGUAAAUGUUGGUGGAGGACAAGAAGGUGGAAGACCUUGCUUGAUCGGAACUACAUCAGUUGCACAGAGUGAAUCUAUUGUAGAAAAGCUGAAGGAGGAAGGAAUCGAUGCGGAACUAUUGAAUGCAUCGCCAAAGAAUGCACCACGCGAAUCAGAAAUUGUUGCUCAAGCUGGACGUAGUGGUGUUGUAACUGUUGCCACAAACAUGGCUGGUCGGGGUACUGAUAUUUUGAUUGGAGGAUGUUCACGAACCAUGGCUAGAAUCAAAACUCGUGACUUCUUGGUAGCAGACGGCGUUGUCAGUAGCGAUGAAGCAAAGAAACUACCUCCCCCUCCCAAAGAGGAGUACUUUCCUUGCCCGCUAAAUGACGAUACUUUGUUUAUGCUGAAGGAUGCAUCUGCUUCCAUUAAGAAAGAGUUUGGUAGCGAUCUUACAGCUAUUCAGUUGGAAGAAAUCUUGACCGUUGCAACAGAUACGACCGAAGCUGAGGAUGACCCCGAAUACAUAGUCAAGCUCCGCAAUGUGGCUGAAGCUGUCAGGGAAUCCUACUCCGAGAUUACCUCAAAAGAAAAGGAGCUCGUUCAACAAAGUGGAGGUUUGUAUGUAAUGGGUACCAACAGACACGAGAGUAGCCGUAUCGAUGACCAAUUGAGAGGUCGCUCUGGACGUCAGGGAGACCCAGGCACAUCCCGUUUCUUCCUUUCUUUCGAAGAUGACAUGUUUGUUAUUUUUGGAGGAGACUCCUUACAAAACAUCUUGAAAGCAUUCCGUGUCAGUGAUGAUAUGCCAGUCGAGGCUCCCCAAGUGUCUGAAGCACUCGAUAAGGUGCAGCGUGCAGUUGAAGAGAAGUACAGAGAGAUUCGUGGUGAGAUCUUCAAGUUCGACGAAGUAUUAAACGGACAACGAAAUAUCAUCUACAAUCGUAGAAGAGACAUUCUCUUCGCGUCAGACGAGGAAUCGCAAAAGAUGAUUGCCAAGUACAACGUGGAUACCGUUUCUGACAUCGUCAAGGCUCAGACUGCUUCGAGUGGAAGUGUCAACGCUGCCAAGGUCACAGAGAAGAUUGGUCAAUUUUUUCCACCAGCAAGCCAAUUUUUCGACGAGAAGGCGUUGAGUGGAAAGGAUCAAGAUAGUGCGACUGCAUACCUAUCCGCUGUCAUUGAGGAAAUUUUCAACGCGAAAGCAUCAGAGCUCGACAAGGUAGCAAUGGCUAGUGGAAAGGGAGCCAACUCCAUUGGAAGAUCCGCACGGUAUAUCACUCUAGUAACCAUGGACAAUGCUUGGAGUGAUCAUCUUCAAGCAAUGGAAAACUUGAAAGAGAGCGUUGUGCUUCGACAGUUCCAAGGCUUGGAUCCACUAAAGGAAUAUGAAGGGGAAGCUUUUGAACUCUUCAAGAAUCUUGAAAAUACAAUGCGCUUCAACGCUAUCUUCUCUCUGUGGCAAAGUCUCUAA